CGAGUUGGCAGCCAGGAAAUGCCCUGGAGUGUGUGUCACCUGUCCAGGACGACUUGUUGAUUCCCAGGAGCGCCGCCUUUCCGGUCUGGGUCCCCGAGAGGACUGCUUUGCUCACCUGUCCCCUCGGCACGGCCCCGGGGAGCUCCCGACAAGUCCCCGGGAUCGCUCGCCCUCCCAACUCCACAGCAAUGAGCAAGUUGGGCAAGUUCUUUAAAGGGGGCGGCUCUUCUAAGAGCCGAGCCGCUCCCAGUCCCCAGGAGGCCCUGGCCCGACUUCGGGAGACUGAGGAGAUGCUGGGCAAGAAACAAGAGUACCUGGAAAAUCGAAUCCAAAGAGAAAUCGCCCUGGCCAAGAAGCACGGCACGCAGAAUAAGCGAGCUGCAUUACAGGCACUAAAGAGGAAGAAGAGGUUCGAGAAACAGCUCACUCAGAUUGAUGGCACACUGUCUACCAUUGAGUUCCAGAGAGAAGCCCUGGAGAACUCACACACCAACACUGAGGUGUUGAGGAACAUGGGCUUUGCAGCAAAAGCGAUGAAAUCAGUUCAUGAAAACAUGGAUCUGAACAAAAUAGAUGAUUUGAUGCAAGAGAUCACAGAGCAACAGGAUAUCGCCCAAGAAAUCUCAGAAGCAUUUUCUCAACGGGUUGGAUUUGGUGAUGACUUUGAUGAGGAUGAGUUGAUGGCAGAACUUGAAGAAUUGGAACAGGAGGAAUUAAAUAAGAAGAUGACAAAUAUCCGCCUUCCAAAUGUGCCUUCCUCUUCUCUCCCAGCACAGCCAGAUAGAAAACCAGGCAUGUCCUCCACUGCACGUCGAUCCCGAGCAGCAUCUUCCCGGAGGGCAGAAGAAGAGGAUGAUGAUAUCAAACAAUUGGCAGCUUGGGCUACCUAAACGAAAAUGCAUUUUUUGAUACGUAAAUUAAUGAGCUGUAGGUAAAAAUACAAAAAAUGUUUUUGCCAAGUUCAGAAGUUAACAAAGACUGUGUUUUAUAAUUAUACUGAAUGAAUAAUUGUGUUUUAAGCCUCCUAAGUAAAAGUAAAAAAUGCGUCAUUUGUAUACAUAUACUCAGUGAUGGAGGCUGGGCACGGUGUCUCACGCCUGUAAUCCCAGCACUUUGGGAGGCUGAGGCAGGUGGAUCACUUGAGUCCAGGAGUUCGAGUCAAGUCUGACCAACAUGAAGAAACCCCAUCUCUAUUAAAAAUACAAAAAUUAGCGGGACAUGGUGGUGGGCACCUGUAAUCUCAGCUACUUGGGAGGCUGAUGCAGGAGAAUCGCUUGAGCCCAGGAGAUGGAGGUUGCAGUGAGCUGAGAUCAUGCCACUGCACUCCAGACUGGGCAACAGAGGGAGAUUCUGUCUCAAAAAAAAAAAAAAAAAAGAUUCAUUUAGUAUAGCUGGGAGAAAUAACAUUAUUUCCUACGCAAAUGAUGUGUAUCCAUGUACCCAUGGUAAAUGUAAAUAUACUGUGUCUCUUUUGGGAGCAACUUCUAGUAAAGGAGUCUUUCAUGGGUCUCUACAUAAGUAGUUUCACUUGAGUUUUGCAGUUUGAAAUCUUAAAGGAGCUUUAAUCGACAUUUAUUAUACCAAUUAAGCUUGGAAUGGGGCAAUGGAUGCAUUUCCCAAAAUGUCUGAAAGCACUAACAGCUUACAUUGCUGAGUGAGAAUCUCCUGGGUGUAAUUUAGCCACUUAGGGAUCUGCGUGAACACUCCCAGGCCGUUAUGAUGCUGUUAUGGCUUCAGUGUAUAAAUGCAUGAGUGUUGUUUCUGUUCUGUUCGAUGCUCUCUUGUAUAUUUAUUUACACUUUACAGAAUAUUCCUUGUAAAUAUAUAAAAAUAUUGGCAAUUAAAAGUGUAUAUUGAACAAAAUGUUGGCCAUUAUUAUUUUUAAAUGAAAAUAAAUUACAAAAUUAUGGAUUACCCAUAAUAGAUCAUGGGCCAUCAAAUGACAAAUAUCAUUUAAUAAGAUAUUUUAGUAUUCUUGCCAACAUUUUGCUUGCCAACAUGGUGGAAUGGAAAGAGCACUAGACCUGAUGGUAGGAGUCCUGGGUUUCAGUCCCUGCUCUGACACUAACAUGAGCCGUAGACUCUCUGAGCCUUUGUUUCUUCACUGGCAAACCUAAGGAUUAGACUGGAUGAUUUCUAAUGAUUCCAUCUUGCCACAGACCUUUUGCACAUUCUGUUCUCCUUAGCAGUCUUCCUACCCUGCACAGUGCAGGUACCAAUCUUACUUAUUCCUUAAAUCUUAGUUAAAAAUGUCCUUGUUUUGGGAAACUUUGCUUGAUUGCCCAGACUAACUCAGAUUUUCCCUUUAUUUGCUGUUGCAGUGCUCUGCCUUCUGUUAUUUCUUACCAUGGUUUAUAUUACAUAUUCUCUUGAAUGAUUCUUUAAUUAUUGUUGCUCUUCCCUGCUGAGCUGUGCUAACCAUGAGCGCAGGGACUGCAUUUCUUUUAGUUCAAUAGUUGAUUCCCAGCGUUCUGCAGUUUCUCAUCAGCAGGCAAUCAGUCAAUGUUUAUUAAAUGAAUGGCAAUUAACUGUUUAUAUCUUUCGGGCCAUGGUAGAAUAACAGGAUCUAGAUUUACCUUAUACUCUUAAACAACUGGAAAACUGGACAAAAUACAGGAAACAAAAUUUUUUCAGACAUUGGACAACAGGCAGCACUGGACAAUGUUUCCUGGGAAGGGAAACCAGUAAUGUGAGCACUUCCAUGGCCCCAGCCCCUGCCUACACAGGGAAAGGGAACCCAAGCAGAGCCUGGUGGUCUUGCUGAGUUGGGAAAAUUUGUGGGGAAGAGUGCUAGAAAGGAAGUUUCUGCAGAGACUGAGAUUGAGAGAGAGAAAGAGAGAGAGAAAGCCAUAAGCCGGAGGGCAUGCGCUAUCUAUGGUCUGAAUGUUUGUGUACCCACCCCCUAAAUUCAUGCAUUGAAAUUCUCACCCCUCAAGUUUGAUAGUAUUAGGUGUGGGACAUUUUGGGAGUUGAUAUUAUGAAUGAUUAAUGAGAUUAGAGCUUUUAUAAAAUAGGCCCGAGGGAGCUCAUUCAUAACUUUCCUCCAUGUGAGGACACAGUAGGACACAAUAAAGAAGGUGCCAUCGAUGAACCAGAGAGUGAGCCCUCACAAGACACCAAAUUUGCUGAUAUCUUGAUCUUGGACUUUCCAAACUCCAGAACCAUGAGAAAUAAAUAUCUGUUGUUAAUAAGCUACCCAGUUGAUGGUGUUUUGUUAUGGCAAUCCCAGCAGACUGAGAGAGAGAGAGAGGGAGACAAAGAGAGAGAGAGAGAGACAAAGAGGGCAAAGUGGUGGUGGGGGGAUGGGGGAAGAGAGAGAGGGAGAGGCCAGAACUCUGGAACUGAGCAGAAGAGUACUUUCAAAUCUUCCUCUGAGAACCAAUCUGCAUACAUGUGUGAGGAAACUACUGACAUCAAGAAGAACUGCUGGGAAGACAGGUGGAUCAAUCUCCAGAGCACACACAGGUCCAGGAAUAGCUUAUACACCCAUUAGCCAGAGUGGAAAGACCUCCUAAUACAGGAGGAAUUAGGUUCAGUUUUCAGAAGGGUAUUGCUUCAGUAGUGGGGCCAUAUUACCCCUAGACUAAAGAGCACACCCCACAGAGCCUGAAAGCAAACCUCAAAAGUAUCAAAUGAUUCCAAUUGACUAAAUUGCAUCCCAGAACAAAGCCCCUAAAUACUUAAAGAAAUAUAAAAACUAUCAAUUAUCAAUAACACAAUGAAUAAAAGCUUGGCACCCAAUAGCAUAAAACUCACAAAGUCCAGCAUUGACUUUGUUCAAUGUUCAAGCAUGCCAAGAAGCAGGAAAAUACAAUCCAGAACCAGGAGACAAACAGUAGGAACAGACUGUGAAAUGACAAAAGGCAAGAUUUUAAAACAGCUGUUAUAAGUAUACUCCAUAUGUUCAUUAAGAUAGCUGUAAUGAAUAUACUCCAUAUGUCCAAGAAAGGAGAGGAAAGCCAUGAUCAUGAUGAAGAGAAACGUGGAAAAUAUUUUAAAACACCCAAAUUGAAGUUCUGGAGAUGAAGAAUACAUGAUCUGAAGUGAAAAAUGCAGAAUAUCAUGGAUGGCAUUAACAGCAGAUUGGACACUGCAGAAGAAAAGAUGAGUGAACUUGAAGACAUAGUAACAGAAACAAUUCUAAUUAAGAUACAGAGAAAGAAAAACACUAAAAAAAAAAAAAAAAAAAAAAAA